UGUACGCGUGGUGCGAAUGGCAGAGAGGGGUUGUUGUCGGCUAAAGUAUGCAGAGAAAUUGUUUUGCCCCCGUAAAGGAGGGAUGCCACGGCUUACCGCACCGCUGUCAUCGUUCCUGCUAUGUGUACAUUUCUUCCUAGUAUGGGUACAAGCAAGAUUCGCUUCGCGAACAGUGCUAUGCUUUUAAGGCUGCGAUCAAGGCACUCGUCGCUGCCACCAACGUUGUCAUCGUCAUCGUCAAAAGCUUUAUUCUUCAUCUUUUCUUCUACGUCUUCUUCUUCGUCUUCCGUUUCUUCAACGUCAACGAAUUCGGCCGCCACGCUGCAGCCGACCUUGUCCUUGCUCUUGUUCCUUGACCAUCGCAACCAUUGCUACUUUCUCCAACAGGAUUUUCAUCAGUGGUCAUUGUACACGGAGGAUAUCCUCGGACCCUCUAGGAAAGAUCACUCGAGGUUUUUCUAAUUCGGGGCCACGUAUAUAAUCGAGGCCAGACACGAGAUUGACUUUUCAACGAAGUUACAAGAAUCACUUAUGGAAGGAAUGAGAACAGGGUGAAAGAAGAUAAACGCAUUGACGAUAAUCGACCAGCUGUCCCGAAGAUUCAUCAACAAACUGGUGCAUUCUCAUGGCAGCACGGAAACUCGCAGCCCUCUUCGCCGCGGUUCUACAACUUUGCUUAUGUCAAAUUACCCCGGAAGUUAUACCAGAGUUCCUAGCCCCUUUGGAAAAUCACACAGUAAUCCAGGGACGUGACGUGUCGUUCACUUGCGUUGUGAAUCAUUUACAAUCCUAUAGGGUAGCCUGGAUUAAGUCGGAUUCUAGGGCGAUCUUAGCGAUACAUACACGUAUGGUUACACACAACCCACGGCUAUCUGUCACUCAUAAUGGACACAACACGUGGAAGCUGCACAUAUCGAACGUUCAGAAGAAUGAUUCCGGUAGCUACAUGUGUCAAGUCAAUACUGAUCCAAUGCGAAGUCAGAUGGGCUACAUGGAAGUAGUGAUACCACCGGAUAUAAUGGACGACGAAUCAGCGAACGGUUUGGUGACACAGGAGGGUGGUAACUUGAGGCUUAGAUGUAUUGCAACGGGUCUUCCAAAACCAACGGUCAAUUGGAAACGAGAAGAUGGAAGGAAGAUCGUACUUCGUGAAGAUGGAAAAAAGCAAGUUCUCGACACUUACGAGGGAGAAACUCUGGAGCUUACGGGAAUUUUGCGACAAGAGAUGGGGACGUAUCUCUGUAUAGCCAGCAGUAGUGUGCCACCAAGGGUCAGCAAACGUUACACCGUUUCUGUUCACUUCAAACCAGUGAUCAGAAUACCCAAUCAAUUGGUGGGCGCUCCAGUUGACAGCGACGUCGUACUACAGUGCUACGUCGAGGCUUCGCCGCAAGCUAUGAACACCUGGUACAGGGACUCAGGGGAAAAGCUGCCGACGAACGACAAAUACACGAUGUCGGAGGAGCAGUUGAGCGAUUACUCGUGGCAGAUGAAUCUCACUGUCAAAUCUCUCAAAAAGGGUGACUUUGGUGGAUACGUCUGUUCAACGGUGAACGCCCUUGGAAAUGCGGAUGGAUGUGUUCGUCUCCAAGAGUUGCAACUCGUCGAUAAGACGACGCCGAGCAUUCUAAUGAAGAAUACGGAGACUAGACUACGAAAAAAACCGAUCAUAAAGGAAAAGAAAAAGAUGAAUGGUGGGAACAAUAACAACAGACGAAAAGUUCAUGCGAUGGGCAGUUAUGAUACGGAUUCGAUAGGGAAUGAAGAUGACCUUGGAACAACGCAAAUAAUGGCCGGUAGUACUUUGCACGAAGGUGGCAAAACUGAUCGGCCUUUGACCUUUCCCUCUGUCUCUCCGCCAUGGAUAGACGUUAACGCAGCGAGUUCUAGACAAGGUCCGAUUAUUCGAGACAUUAUUUUUCUUCUCCUUCUUUUGUUGAGGUUGACGAGCCUUUUUUAAAAUGAAAAAUCUCGUCAAUUUGUACGAAGCCCAUCGACGACGACGUGUGCUGUCCGUGUUGUGAUCGAGAUCAAAAUGAUUUUCUCUUGUGUGUAUAUAUAUAUAUAUAUAUAUAUAUAUAUAUAUUUUUUUUUUUUUUUUCGUAUCUCUCCCGAUACUCCUAAAUUGUCGUAAUUAUUCGUAAAAUAUGAUAAAUUUUCUUUCGUUUUGUUUUAUUAAUUAUUUCACAUAUUUCAAUUUCAAUUUAGAUCAUGCGAUUUUAUUUUUACAUAUAUUUUACUUCUUUUCCUUUGCACUUUAAUUCUUCGUUUUCAUAUUUUUUAUUUUAUUUGAAGAUAUCGCGUUACGACAAAAGCUUUUCUUUCAUUUGUUUUGGCAUUAUUGCGGCAGUAAUGAGAUUAAAAUGAAAACGCACCGUGCGUAUGCGACAAUCCUACGAUAUCAAAUAGAAAUUUUUUCAUUCUGACGGAAUACGAAUAAAUACGUGACUGUAAAUACACGAGCAAUUCAAGUUCAAGCUGAUGAAAUAUCAGAGACGAAAGAAAGUUUAAUUUAUUAUUAGAAUGAGAAGAAUUUAAUCUUCCUCGCACGGAUUCUGUACUAUCCUCGAUUUGUUAUCACAUGAUUUCCCUUGAAAAAUUUUAACUUGAAUAUUUAUUUGAUUUUUUAAUACAUUUAUUUCUUUUAUUUUAUUUAUCUCUCGUUAAAAGCGAUGAUUUCGAUUAUCACAUAGAGUCGAUAUACUCUGUAAAAUACGAAUUAAGCAGAACGAGUACGAAAAUCUAAUUUUACAAUUAUUCUUUUAUUUAUCGUUUAAGUUUUAACACGUACACAUACGUAUUUACCCACGUACAUAAAUAUAUCGGUAAAGUUUCUAAAUGAUCUAAGUAAUAUCAUCGAGAAAAUAUUUCCUACGAAACAAAUUUUCUACAUUUUCUUAUGAAUUUAUUUAACGAUAGUUUUCAUAAAUUGCAUCGGCUCUUUCGCAAAUUAGCGUUCGAUAGUUGCGUCGUUAUAGAUGUAUAAAUCAUAUUUCUUUGAUAAGGUAAUAAUUAAUAAAAAUGGAAUGAGAAAAAAGAAAAAGAAGAGGGAGAGAGAGGGAGUGAGAGAGAGAGAGAGAGAGAGAGAGAGAGAGAGAUAGAGAGAAGAAUACAAUACGGUGAAACUAUCGUUACCGUAUGAGGAAAAAAAAAUUGAAUUAAAAUCAACAGAAAAAAAAGAACAAGGUCUUCCUUCUAAACGAUGUAAUAAACAUGAGGACGUAAAUUUUUAGGUCCAUUGAAAAAAAAACAAAAAAACAAAAAAAAACAAAAAAAAACAAAAAAAAAACAAAAAGAAUAAUAAAAAAACAAAAAAGGAGCGAACACAGAGUAAUUAUGGUGCGACCAAAAACGAAAGGAUUCUUUCGAUAAAAAAAUUCUGUAAAUACGAAACUGUGAAUGUAUGUGAGUAGACUAACUUGGCUCUCGCGUGCCAGAUAUUAGUAGACCUAUUUAGAUAAACGGAAUUAUUUAAAAUUGUAGAUAACUUUCAGAUGAUAAGUGACAGGAUAUGUCGCUAUUAAUGUAAAAUCGGAUUCGUGAUAAAGAUCAGACGAGAUACCGAUGAAAAUCGAAAGAGAAAUGAUUUGGCCAUUUACAAUAUUAUCAUUGGAUUUCUUUUCUUUUUUUUUUUUUUUUUUUUAUUUCUAUUUUUCACUAGAUCGCAAAGAAAUUAUAAAUAACAAAUGGAAUCUUUUUCUUCUCUUUUUUUCUUACGAGAACUUAAAGUCAUCAUCAUUAAUUACUAUUACUAUUGUUAUUAUUAUUGAUCGUAUUUUAAUGCUUUCUUACGAACAAUAUCGUAUAAUCAAUAGAAAUAAUGUAGUCCGAUGCUUAUUAAUAAUUAUAUAUAAUUUUUAUAAUAAUAUUUCGUAUAUGAACAAAAGUAUACAGCAACCGUCUACGUAAAAUUAUGUCGUCUUCCAUAAUAUUUUCUUAAAAAGGCCUCUAUUCUAACGUGAAGAUGAGAAAAGAAAAAAAUAAUAAAAAAGAAGAAGAAGACGAAGAAGAAGAAGAAGAAGAAGAAGAAGAAGAAAGAAGAAAGUGAAAAUGAACGUAGUUAACGAUCGAGAAAAAAAAAGUAUGGCCGAACUUCACGAAGUCGGUACGUAAAUUAUUAUUGAUAGAUAAACUGAUCGAAUUCUGAUAUUCUGUAGUCUCUGUGCGAAGAAGGAGAGGAUACGACAAUAAAUAAAGUAUGAUAGAUUCCCAUCUGAAUGAGAAUAUUUGUUUAAUAAACUCACUGGAAUCUUCCUACGAUAAUGUUAUAAUGACGAAAGAAAAAGAAAAACGAAAAAAAAAAAA